AUGAAACGCUUGAGGAUUUACAUCGCGGUACUGAGUGAAGUACCUGGGGCAGGCAAUGGUAAGAAAAUAAUAGAUGAAGAUAAUACUAUGUAUUACUCUGGUGAUGAAGGCUCCUCCAACAAGUACGAAGUAGGAGUGAUCUUAAACACAAAACGCCUUAAUACAACUGUAAGCUUCGUACCCAAAUCAAACCAAACUAUCCUGUUUCAAAUUGAGGCUAAGCCAAGUAACUUCAACAUUACCAAAGAGUACGCUCCCACCACUUAUGGUUCAGAUCAAGAUAUUACAAAUAUUUACAAAGAAGUCGAUGAGCUACUCCAGGUAACUCAGAAUCGCGAACUAAACCUAGUGAUGGAUGAUUUUAAUGCCAAGGUAGGCCAAGGCGAGAUCCCGGGGGUGGCUGGAAAAUUUGGACUUGGGGCAAGAAACGAAAGAGGCGACACUCUUAUUAAAUUUUGA